UCCAACUCUCUAAUCCAUCUUUUUCAUAUUUAGUUUCUGUGAAGAUGGGGAAUUGCUCUCAAAGAGCAGUAUCCGACGGUGGUGGCUCUUCUGUCAAAGUAGUUGAAAGGGGUUCCACAAACAUCGUGGAAGAAUACUACAGAAGUUGUAGUUGCAGCUCAUUGGCGCCGAUAAAGAGGGAGGAAACUCUAAGGUGUCUUGUCAAGCAAGGUACAUUAAGCCCUAGAAGAGUUGGGCCAAAGAUUCAAGUGUCGCCACAGAGAAGAAACAGAGUUUGGAAAGCGAAAGUGCUGAUCGGGAGUAAACAGCUUGAAGAUAUUCUAGCAGAUGAUGGCAAUACUCAUGCCUUGAUUGAUCAACUUCGGAUUGCCGCCGCAGAAGCUUCAGCCUCGGAGAUAGUUGGAGGUAGAAACUUAUCAUCACGAAAAAGCAAAGAGAGUUAUUUCUGUUAG